AUGACUAUGAUGACCCCUUCCCCUCUCGAGCAGCAGGAGGAUGAAGAGAUGUUGGUGCCACACCAGGAGCUCUCCGCCGCAGACGCCGCGCAGCCAAUGGAAGUGGUGGCGCAGACGGAGCCUACGAACACGGCGGAGAGCCAAGCACCUGAGGACCCGCAGACUUCCCGGUUCACCUGGACGAUAGAGAACUUCACCAGGGUCAGCGGGAAGAAGCACUACUCGGAUGUGUUUGUCGUUGGGGGAUUUAAAUGGCGUGUGCUAAUUUUCCCCAAGGGAAAUAAUGUGGACCAUCUCUCGAUGUACUUGGAUGUUGCAGACUCGGGGAACCUCCCUUACGGAUGGAGCCGGUAUGCUCAGUUCAGCCUAGCCAUUGUAAACCAGAUCCAUCAGAAGUAUACAGCACGCAAAGGCUGUAUGUUGGUCCCAUGUUUGGCAGAUACUCAACAUCAGUUUAAUGCACGUGAGAGUGACUGGGGUUUCACAUCUUUUAUGCCUCUGAGUGAGUUGUAUGACCCAAGUAGGGGCUAUCUCGUGAAUGAUACUGUUGUUGUUGAAGCUGAGGUUGCUGUUCGCAAAAUGGUUGACUAUUGGACUUAUGACUCGAAAAAGGAAACAGGUUAUGUUGGUCUCAAGAAUCAGGGUGCUACCUGUUAUAUGAACUCUCUUCUGCAAACCCUGUAUCAUAUACCUUACUUUCGGAAGGCUGUGUAUCACAUGCCAACUACUGAGAAUGACAUGCCAUCUGGGAGUAUUCCUUUAGCCCUGCAGAGCCUUUUUUACAAGCUCCAGUAUAGCGACAAUAGUGUAGCUACAAAAGAGUUGACUAAAUCUUUCGGGUGGGACACCUAUGAUUCUUUCAUGCAGCAUGAUGUGCAAGAGCUCAAUAGAGUUCUAUGCGAGAAACUUGAAGACAAAAUGAAGGGAACUGUUGUGGAAGGAACAAUUGAACAACUAUUUGAAGGCCACCACAUUAAUUACAUCGAGUGCAUUAAUGUUGACUAUAAAUCUAACAGAAAAGAGUCCUUUUAUGAUCUACAACUUGAUGUCAAAGGUUGUCAUGAUGUUUAUGCAUCAUUUGAUAAAUAUGUCGAAGUGGAGCGUCUAGAGGGUGAUAACAAAUACCAGGCUGAACAACAUGGCUUACAGGAUGCAAGAAAGGGCGUACUCUUUCUUGAUUUCCCUCCUGUUUUGCAACUUCAACUGAAGCGUUUCGAAUAUGAUUACAUGCGAGACACAAUGGUUAAGAUUAAUGACCGUUAUGAGUUCCCACUACAACUCGAUCUUGAUAAGGAUGAUGGAAAAUAUCUUACUCCAGAUGCAGAUAGAAGUAUUAGGAACCUUUACACUCUUCACAGUGUUCUUGUUCAUAGUGGAGGAGUACAUGGUGGUCACUACUACGCUUUCAUACGGCCUACACUCUCAGACCAGUGGUAUAAAUUUGAUGAUGAGCGAGUAACAAAAGAAGAUACUAAAAAAGCGCUUGAAGAGCAGUACGGGGGCGAGGAAGAGUUGCCUCAAGUUAACCCUGGUUUCAAUAACACCCCAUUUAAGUUCACAAAGUAUUCAAAUGCCUACAUGCUUGUAUAUAUUCGUGAGAGUGACAAGGAGAAAAUAAUGUGUAAUGUUGAUGAGAAGGACAUUGCUGAGCAUUUGAGGAUAAGGUUGAAGAAAGAACAACAAGAGAAAGAACACAAGAAAAAGGAAAAAGCUGAAGCUCACCUCUACACCAUCAUAAAGGUUGCUCGAGAUGAAGAUUUGAAGGAGCAGAUUGGGAAGAAUAUAUAUUUUGAUCUGGUGGACCACGAAAAAGUCCGUAAUUUUCGUAUACAGAAACAAUUACCCUUUAAUUCAUUCAAGGAGGAAGUUGCAAAGGAAUAUGGCAUUCCGGUACAGUCUCAGCGCUUCUGGUUGUGGGCUAAGAGGCAAAAUCAUACAUACCGGCCCAAUCGUCCGCUGGCCCCUCAUGAAGAAGCACAAUCAGUGGGGCAACUUAGGGAGGUAUCAAACAAGGCACACAAUGCUGAGCUGAAGCUAUUUCUUGAAGUAGAGCUAGGAUUGGAUUUGCGCCCAAUUCGUCCUCCCGAGAAGAGCAAGGAAGAUAUUUUACUUUUCUUCAAGCUUUAUAAUCCUGAAAAGGAAGAGCUUCGUUUUGUUGGUAGGCUUUUUGUUAAGGCUUUGGGAAAGCCAUCUGAUAUCCUGACAAAACUUAAUGAAAUGGCUGGAUUUUCCCCAAAUGAAGAAAUCGAACUUUAUGAGGAAAUUAAGUUCGAGCCUAAUGUGAUGUGUGAACAUAUUGACAAGAAACUUAGUUUCCGAUCUAGUCAGCUUGAAGAUGGGGACAUAAUCAGUUUCCAAAAGCCAUCUAUACCAGGUGGCGAUACUCAAGUGCGCUAUAAAGAUGUUCCUUCUUUCUUGGAGUAUGUUCAUAAUAGGCAGGUUGUGCACUUCCGGUGUCUGGAGAAACCAAAGGAGGAGGGAUUUUGUUUGGAAUUGUCGAAGCUUCAUACUUAUGAUGAUGUUGUUGAGAGAGUUGCACGCCAACUUGGAUUAAAUGAUCCAUCAAAAGUUCGGCUUACGUCUCACAAUUGCUAUUCUCAGCAACCUAAACCACAGCCCAUCAGAUAUCGUGGAGUAGAGCAUCUAUUGGAUAUGCUUGUCCAUUAUAAUCAGACUUCUGACAUACUGUAUUAUGAAGUCUUGGACAUUCCACUGCCAGAAUUGCAGUGUUUAAAAACACUUAAAGUUGCAUUUCACCAUGCAACGAAAGAUGAGGUUGUAAUUCACAGCAUCAGGCUUUCGAAAAAUAGCACCAUCAGUGAUGUGAUCACUGACUUGAAGACCAAGGUUGAACUAUCCAAUCCUGAUGCUGAGCUCCGCUUGCUUGAAGUUUUCUACCACAAGAUUUAUAAGAUAUUUCCACCUCAUGAGAAGAUAGAGAACAUAAAUGAUCAGUACUGGACACUACGUGCUGAGGAGAUUCCAGAGGAGGAGAAGAAUCUCACUGCACAGGAUCGGUUGAUUCACGUCUAUCAUUUCAUGAAAGAUCCUAAUCAGAACCAGCAGAUUCAGAAUUUUGGAGAUCCCUUUUUGCUGGUCAUCCGUGAAGGUGAGACUGCUGCAGAGGUAAUGGACCGUGUGCAGAAAAAACUCCGAGUUCCCAAUGAAGAAUUCGCCAAGUGGAAGGUUGCAUUCAUAUCCAUGAAUCGUCCAGAAUACCUCCAGGAUAUUGAUGCUGUGUCUGCACGCUUUCAGAGGAGAGAUGUCUAUGGAGCUUGGGAACAAUACCUUGGUUUGGAGCAUACUGACACAACACCCAAAAGGUCUUACGCAGCUAAUCAGAAUCGACACACAUAUGAGAAGCCUGUGAAGAUUUACAAUUGA